AUGAUGAGGGCCAGGAGCCACCGAGUGGCAGCGCCCUUGCUGGCAUUGGGGGCUGCGAUCGUGGCCUGCCUUUCUUUGACCAAGAGCUUGGCCUUCACGGGUUCCCCAUCCAUGACUCUGCUCAAGGGUGAGGAAGCUGGAAGAGCUGUUCAAGUCUCGAUGGGUCAGGCCGUUCAAGGGCCAUGCAAGAGGAAGGUGAAGAGGAGCCCUGUGAGUUCGAGCUUCAAAUCGGCAAAGGCGAAGCAGGCGGAGCGAUCUUUGGCUCGGAAAACAGCUGCCGAGCAAGCUAAAGUUAGAGUUCCCAUGCAGUGGCCUGCAACGAUCCCAGAGGGAGUCACCCUUCUCCAUCUCGAGUAUGAUGUUGCGCCGAAAGACGAAGUCGAAGCCGAAAUGGCAAAGAGGGCAUUCAGCACAUUUCCCAAGCCAGGAAACAAGGAAGUGGAGGAUUUCAUCCGGAAGGUUCAAAAGACAUUCGGUCCGAAGGUGCGGGUUGCAUUGAACGAGCCCAUGGUCCUGAAGGAGCUCCUGCCGGAAGGAUCGACGAUCAAGUACCGAAAGGGUGCUUUCGAGGUCAUGAACCUCAACACCGGCAAGCUCAUGUUCUCGAAGCUCCAGACUGGUGUUUCGCCUGUGUACGAGGAGUUCGAUUACUUCGCGAAGAAAGUCAUGGCGACGAUUCCCUGA